AUGUCGCUGCACCCGCGUCAGUCGCUGCAUCCUGCGGCCAUGGGCCACAAUGCAGCUAUGCCAAUACAACAGCACUCGGUCACCGAGCAGAUCAUGCAGCUCGACCAGGCCAUCACAUUGACACUCCAAGAGAUUGACCAGAACUUUGCAACCGCGCAUCAGAUUGUCACAUCGCGCAUCCUUCCUGCUAUCAAGGAGUAUGGUAUUGCAAGCGCACGCGUUUGGCAAGGCGCCAAGUUUUGGAAGACAUUCUACGAAGUAUCCGCCAACGUUUCGCUCACUGCUCAUGUUCAAGACGAAUCCGAAUUCGAUGAUAACUCGCAGGGCGCCGAUGUUACUCAAAGCGGCAACGAAUCGCGCGAGAAUGCCACCUUUACCAGCGAUGAUGGCGUGCCAAGUCCACAUUCCGAGACGGGAUCCAUCAUUUAUAACGAAAUGGAUGUGUCCCUCGCCUCGGAUGGUGGCGACGCCAAUGAACAUGAUGCAGCAGACCAGAGCGUCCAACAGGCACCAGCAGAUCGUGCGCGUGCAGCUUCGCCUCCGCGCUUCAGCAAUGCAUCCAUGGCUGCCGCCGCCCGACGAGAGGCAGCACAGCGCAAGCAACAAAAGCCGCACCACCGCGAGGACCAAGAAAACAUGUUCGACCCCGCCGAGUCGCCGUUCGAGCGUCUGCGCCGUGAUAUUACCUCUGGACUUGGCAAGCGCAUCAACGACCCAAGCAUGGAUCAAAGCUCCUUCAUGGCGUCAAGCAGCACAAAACCACCGUCCCGAAUGACAAACACUGAACGCGACCGGGCCGCCCUGGCCCAAGGCAUUGAGAACCUGGGUCGUACCCACACCGGCAAAAGUGGGCAUCUCUUGGACGCCGACAGCUCCGACGCCUCUUCGGUUCAUGAGCUUGCGCGUUUCACGUCAUCGGCCACAUCGGCUGGUCGAAUGAAGACGUCUUCUACGCCCAAGAAGGGUGCGCUCCUCAACAAGGUGCUCAACUCGGAGCACAAGCGAAACAAGGGACGGCUCAGCUACACCAAGAUCCAGGCUACACCUCGAAGCUCGCAGUCCAAGUCGAAUCCUUUCGCGCCUCCCAGCGUGCGCAUGUGGGAUGGUAUUGUAGACCUGCGCAAGACGCCGCUCACGUCCAAGAUCAAGGGCACCAAGUCGUCAAAGGCAGCUUCCAGCAGUAAGCGAGGUGGAGCUGCCAAGAAGAACGAUGCGCAGGCCGACGACGAUGCAGAGUGGGACUCGGACUCGUCGGACCAGGACUCGCUCGGCUGGCCUGCCGGCAUGUCUCCUCCCGUGACAAUGCAAUUUUCGGUGCCACAGAGCCGAUAUGCGCAGACGCCGGCAAAGGAAGCCGCCAAGAUGAUGGUCGACGAUCUGCUUCGAAGCGUGGGAGCUUCGAGCCCCGCACAAAGGGUGUGGCCGAAGAGCGCGAUCAAGAACAGAUCCGAUCAAGCUACAUCCGAGAACGGAGCAAGCUCUCGCAAGCAGCCAGUAGCGACACCUCUGAGGAUGAGUCGCAAGGAAGCCAAGCAACAUGAUCGACAGAUUAGUACUGGACGACGACGAAACUCGAUUCCCACUCCGCCCACGCUCACCAAGCGCGGACCCAGUCUGGCGCAACAAGAUACACCGAACAGCAGCAGCCAGAUGGGCCGUGGCUCGAACGGUGCACCGUCUGCCAAUGCUAGCUCGGCUGCGCUUUUGAUGGACGCUGACGAGGGACUUGAGCUCAAUGCGGCCGAUGCGCAAGGCAUCUCAUCGUCCGAAUUGCAUCACCGAUUUGGCGGUCUCAACUUGCAAACGGCCGGCGUGCUUCCUCUCGACGACGACGACGACGAUGAUGACGACGAUGAUGAGUCGUCGGAUAGCGAGUCGGAUGACGGCGCUGACAGCAUGGUAGGAUCGAUGCUCUCGUCAGCAGCUAAAUUUUCCGCAUCGAGCAACAGCCGUAUCGGCGGAGGAAGCCAGAACGACAACUCUGGUUGGACCAGCUCGACCAUCUCGUCGUUCAACCAGAAGCAGGCGGGUCGUAGUAUCGAGGAUGACACGUUGUUUGGUGUUCGUAGCAAUGCAGCACCACGUGCCGUAGAGACGCACGGCAGCCGCAGUCAGGCGGAUUCCGGUGGCUCUAGUCAACCAUGGACAACCGGAGCAAAGGGCGUGAAUGAGCGUGGCGAGGAGUCGUUCAAGGUGUGGGGCCAUGUAGAUGAGAUGGGCACGGUACAUGGUGGACGACCGUUGGUAGACCGCGAUGAUACCUACAGCGCCCCGAGUCCGACUCCGUUCAACAUGAAUCUUGGCGCCGCUUCUGGUAGAUGA